CCUCCCUUUACACCAUCCUGCAAGCUGUGCGCGUGCCCGCUCCUAGUUAGGCGUGUCCCCGUGUGGCUUUGCGGGCAGCUGUUAGGGCUAUUUUUUUGUUUUAUUUUUUUCCGCGUCGUUUUGGUGUUGCUAAUUUGUUUUUCCAACGAAGAAAGAGGGGGGUUCUCCGCAAAGAAAAAAAAGAAGAAUCUGAGUGAACGUCGGGGUAUUUUGAGGGCUCCUAGUGGGAAAGAAGUGAAGUUGUCGAUAAAGGAGACACAUGCAGAUAGCCUGCUUCACUGUAACCAUUAUGCUCAUUGAACAGAAGUAGGUGUACAGUCAUUGGAACAGGGCUUGAGGGACGCGAUCUGGCACCUGUAAAGCAAAAAAAUAAGACAUCAAUCACAUUUAGCAGUUGAAGACCAGUAAUACUGGAGAAACUCUAUACAUGCUCAGGAAAGCAGACUGCACUGUUGUGAAACAAAAAUAAUCCCAUUAUGCGCGAGUACAAGCUCGUGGUCCUUGGCUCAGGAGGUGUUGGAAAGUCUGCUUUGACAGUACAGUUUGUUCAAGGAAUUUUUGUGGAAAAGUAUGACCCAACAAUAGAAGAUUCUUACAGAAAGCAAGUGGAAGUGGAAGGACAACAAUGUAUGCUUGAAAUUCUUGACACAGCUGGAACAGAACAGUUUACAGCAAUGAGAGAUUUAUACAUGAAGAAUGGUCAGGGUUUUGCACUAGUGUAUUCAAUCACAGCACAGUCCACAUUUAAUGACUUGCAGGACUUGAGGGAGCAGAUACUGCGAGUUAAAGACACAGAAGAUGUACCAAUGAUUCUUGUAGGCAAUAAAUGUGAUUUGGAAGAUGAAAGAGUAGUUGGCAAGGAGCUGGGACACAAUCUAGCCAGACAGUGGAACAACUGUGCCUUUUUAGAAUCUUCAGCCAAGUCUAAGAUCAAUGUAAAUGAGAUCUUUUAUGACUUGGUAAGGCAAAUAAAUAGGAAAACUCCAGUGGAAAAGAAGAAACCAUCAAAGAAACCAAAAUGUCUGCUGCUUUAGGACCUCUUCAAACAGCAGCUCUGAGCCAGGUUAUAGGAAUGAAGAACUGUUGCCUAGUUGGAAAGUGCCAGCAUUCCAAAAAAUAAAAAAUUCCCACCAUAAAUGAACAUAUCUGAAGAGGCUUCUCUUGUAUUAUGUAUGAUGUGAAGAACUUAUAUCUAUUAUACUAUUUGCACAAGGUUCCAUGAAAAUGAAUUUUACCCUAAAACUAGACGCCCAUUGUGGCAAUGCUUCCUGAAAUGGUUAUUACACACGCGCGAAUGAAUGACUUGACUCUUAAAUAAUUACACUCAAGAGCAUGAAUGCAUUUUAAAUGUUAUAGUGCAAGACUAAUAAAUGCCUCAAGCACUAAAAUAAUCCAACAUUUAUAUUUUUCUUUAUAUAUAUAUAUAUAUAUAUAUAUAUAUAUAUAUAUAUAUAUAUAUAUAUAAAAUAAAUAUAAAAUAAAUAUAAAUAUAUAUAUCUAUAUAUCAUUAUUGUCAUCAUGCCAUUAUAAUCUAAUUAAGAAAACAUUUUUAUGCAUAAUGCUUUGGCAGGAGUGGGGGGUAGUCUUUUAUAGGAUAACAUAUUUCUAUGAAUUUCAGAGCUGAAAUAGAUAAUAUACUAAAACAACUCUAAUAUUGCUUCUUGUGUUUUAUUGUAACAAAUUAAAUUACAUCUUUUAUGAAAUAUUAAAUUUUUAGUACAUUUUCAUUUA